AUGAUUUCUUAUUGUGGUGCCGAGUUAAAUUUACAAGCUUUAGGUGAAUUACUUGAAAGUAAUUAUUUUCACCCGGUGUUAUGGUCGUUAUACUCAACAUGUUCGUAUUUGUACAAUAAGAAACCGCAGGAUUUGGGAACACGGGAGAUUCGUAUUUGCAAUUAUAGUAGCGCUAUAAUCGAUGAAGAAAAUUCUUUGGUGUGGUUAAAAGGCAACCUUGAAGGAACGCGUGAUUUGAUGCUUUAUGAUGAAAAGAACCCCUCGUAUUGUGUGAUCGGGAUAGAUGGUCGACAACCAAUGCCCGAAGUUGAUGAUCAUGAUGAUGAUGAUUUUAAAUCGGAGAAAAAAUUUUAUGUCAUUCCUGCUGAAUGGAUACCCUACAUCUAUGUGCGCUAUGAAAACGACUCGUGGGCGAUGUAUUUGUCAGCGACGAGAUUUUGUUGUCGACAAAUUUUGAUUCGUGGAAGUGUGAUGGUGGCGCGUCGUGAUAACAUCAGUAUUAAACCCGAAUAUGCUAUGGUGGAUAAUCAAUAUACCCCGUUCAGAAAGUAUUUUCAUAUUGGUGUCGGUCCAUGUUCAAACGAGAUUAAUGAUGUGCUCGCGGACGUUGGGAUAUUUGUAAACGGUGAACAAUUGUACAAACGUGUAUGCAUGCUAGCACAUCCUUACGGUAAAGAACGUGAGGUAAUUUAUGCAUCAUCAGUCCAUGAUAAAAUAUUUAUUUUUGGUAAUGAAAAAAUUGAGGGUAAAUUUUUAAAAUUAAUCAUGAGACGUAUAUUAGUGUGUCAAAAAUGUAAUGGGUAUGUGGAUAAAUUAAUAUUAAUGCUUGUGGAUAGUCUAGUAAAACAUGAUACCUUAAAAGAUGUGAUGAAUGUUCCCGCUAGUGCUGAUACGAUUUUAGUGGGGGGGUGUACCUUGUUAUUCGUAUAUUUUGUAUGCAGAUUUUGUUGUUAUGCGACAGGACGCUUAUUUGGCGCCGUUAAAAAUAUUGCUAAAUCAUUACGAAAAAAUACAGAUAUUUGUAAGAAUAUUAUUGAACCGUUUUUUAUAAAAUAUGCAUAA